CAGACAGGGGUAGGGGAAGCGGUGUUCAAUGUUCCUCUACAGACCUGACUCAAAGUGUCCCCCCCGAAGCAGGUUUCGCGGUUUCCACUGAAGGAAAGACACUUCUGGUUGACAGGGAAGAGGGAGCGCAAGCGGUCCAAGAACAUGAUCAACACGAUGGAGUGCGCCGUGGACGCGCAGAGCCUCAUCUCCAUCUCUUUGCGGAAGAUCCACAGCUCGCGGACGCAGCGCGGAGGCAUCAAGCUACACAAGAACCUGCUCGUGUCCUACGUGCUGCGCAACGCGCGGCAGCUCUACAUGAGCGAGAAGUACGCGGAGAUCUACCGGAUGCAGCAGUACGAGGAGGUCAUGACCGUGUGCAACGAGAUCCAGGAGCUGGACCCGCUGGACAUGUCCGACGAGUGCGAGGAGCCGAGCGCGCAGUGCUGCGGCGCCGGGUGCGAGCCGGUGGGUCCGUGCCACCCGGCGGCGGCGGCGGCGGCGCACCAGACCCAUCAGCAGCAGCAGCAGCACGCGCACACGCAGACGCACGCGGUGGGCGCCUGCUCCGCGUCCCUGUCGCUCCCCGGCGAGGAGGUGUGCAAGGACUCGGACCCGAGCUUCUACCGGAGCUGCUGCGCCGACGCGUACCCCGUGUCCAGCUGCGACUUCUUUCCCGCGGGCAGCGCGCACUGCAGCAAGACCACGGUGCUGGACCUGGACACGCACGUAGUGACCACGGUGGACAACGGCUACCUGCACCAGGACUGCUGCGCGCCGCUCCAGCCGUGCUGCCAGGGCGCGCACGCCCCCGCCAAGAAGCGCAAGGCGGACUGCGGCUACUGCGCGUCCGAGCCCGAGGACGCGCCGGACUUCGCGCCCUGCAAGCGCGCGCGCCUCGAGGACUGCUCGUACCCGUGCGCGGGAUCGGAGCAGCCGGACGCGGCCAACAUCUCGAACCUGAUCUCGAUCUUCGGCUCGGGCUUCUCAGGGCUCGUGAGCAGGCAGGCGGACUUGGAGCACGCGCUCAACGGACAGUUCUGCAGCACGCAGGCGCUGGCCAGCCUGGGCGCGUGGACUAGAGCCAUCGUGGCGUUCUGACCCCGCGCUCCGAUCGGGGCGGGAGG